AUGGAGGGCUCCACCGGGUUUGGGAUCGACUCCAUCCUCUCCCACCGAGCCAGCAGCCCGGCCGUGCCCAAGGGGGACCCGCUGGUGGGCGACGGCCGGUCCCCCCUGGAGCUGAGCCCUCGCUCGGAGGGCAGCAGCGGGUGCCCGUCGCCCCGCUCGCCGGGCCGCGAGUGCCUGGAGGCGGCGGGUCCGCGGCCGGGCCUGGAUGCGCAUCUCCAGCCGGGACAGGUCUCGGCUCCUUCCCAGUCCAGGACCGUCACCUCCUCCUUCCUCAUCCGAGACAUCCUGGCCGACUGCAAGCCCCUGGCCGCCUGUGCCCCUUACUCCAGCACCAAUGGACCUCACGGCGGGCAGGAGCCGGCGGGCAGGAUCCCCACCAAGCCCGGCGAGGACUUUAGGGAGAAAAUGGAAAAAAACACCAGCAGCUCCUCCUCGGACUCAGAGUACAAAGUGAAGGAAGAAGGGGACCGAGAGAUCUCCAGCUCCCGGGACAGCCCUCCGGUGAGGCUGAAAAAGCCGCGCAAAGCCCGCACCGCCUUCACCGACCAUCAGCUGGCCCAGCUGGAGCGGAGCUUCGAGAGGCAAAAGUACCUGAGCGUGCAGGACAGGAUGGAGCUGGCCGCCUCCCUCAACCUCACCGACACGCAGGUGAAAACGUGGUACCAGAACAGAAGGACCAAGUGGAAAAGGCAGACAGCAGUGGGCCUGGAACUGCUGGCCGAGGCUGGCAACUACUCAGCCCUACAGAGGAUGUUCCCUUCGCCCUACUUCUACCCGCAGAGUUUGGUCUCCAACCUGGACCCGGGCGCCGCUCUCUACCUGUACCGCGGACCCAGCGCGCCCCCCCCAGCCCUACAGAGACCCUUGGUGCCCCGCAUCCUCAUCCACGGACUGCAGGGCGGCAGCGAGCCCCCGCCGCCCCUGCCCCCGCUGCCCGGCGUCCUGCCCCGGGCCGCACAGCCCCGGUGA